UUUAGUGUUUAUUGUACUAUUGAAGUUUUGCAUUUGUGUCUCAUAUUAUUUCCAUCUAGAGACAGUUUUAUGUACCAAAAACAAACAAAAUAGCCUUUAAUCAUGGUCACAUGCUCUGACAGAGCUACACAAGAAAAUGAAAUUCUUAAUGCUAUGUAAUUUAUUCAUAAUUCUAAGUGUUUCAUUAGAAAUGUAUAUAUAAAUUGUAUCACUUGACUGAUUUUCUGAAAUGGAGAAUAAAAAUGGAAUGAAAUUGGGUUAUAGUAACACAGACAUCAAAGAGGAAGGCUAGUGUUGGGUUAAAUGCUACUCUGACAGCAGGAAUCUUGUUGGAACUUGUGUUCAGCCUUACAACACCUCCCAGAAUAGCCAGUAAGUUGCUCAUGUUAUGCUAUUCAUGGCCCUCGCAUUGAUGUCAAAGUCAUAUGCUUCAUUCAAAUAAUAUUUUUGAAUGCCAACUAAAUAUGAGACUUUGUUUUGACACUCAGCAGGUCAGAGAAACACCACAUUGUAAAAAAAAAAAAAAAAGAAAAGUGUCACUUGAACAGAAAGUCAUUAUGUUUAGGGAAAUAAACAGGCACAGAAAGAGAAGUAUCACAUGUUCUUACUCAUAAGUGGGAGAUAAAAAAGUUAAUCUUAUGAAUGUAGAGAAAAGAGUGAUAGAUAUCAGAGGCUGGGAUGGGUGUGUGGGUGCAGGAGAGAUAAAAGUUGGAUGAAAGGUAUAAGUUCUAUUGUAGAGUAACUAUAGUUGACAACAAUAUACUCUAUAUUUCAAAGUAGCUGGAAGAGAGAGCUUGAUUUAUUCCCAACAUAAAGAAAUGAUAAAUAUUUAAAGUGAUGGAUAUUUCAAAUACUCUACCUUGAACAUUAUACAUUCUAUGCAUGCAAUUAAAUAUCACAUAUAUCUAAUAAGUAUGUAAAAUAUGUAUCAAUAAAAAAUUUAAAUAAAAUAAACAUUUUAAAAUGUGUCAUUCAGUUACUCAUAAAUCUCAAAAAAAUCUUAGUAGCAUGAUUAUAGUCAUAUAAAACUGACACCUUUCUGGAGUUCCAAGUUUCAAGAUAUAGGUACAUCUGGAUGAGGCUUAAUCAGGUAUGAGGUAAGCUUUGGGCAUUUCUAACUCUAUGGGCUGAGCUGAGGGACUCUCUGGUCAACUCUCCCUAAAGAGCUACUCCUUUUCUGUAUUUUUCACAAUUGUGCCUUACAUUUAGAGAAUUUCAUGUUAAUCUAAGUUGCACAAAUUUUUUUUAAAUUUCAGAAAAUUUGAAGAGUUGAAAAAUGUUUUAAACAAGAAACACCAUAAUCAAUAUCUUAGAAGAUUUAGUUGAUUUCUCAGGAAAAGCUAACUAGAAAGCGCUUAAAAACAAAGCACAAGAAAAAACGUGGGCACAGAAUAGGCAAAGACAAGGGCAAAUAUUGACUAUGGAGAUCUAAAUGGAAAGAAUGAAUGUUGAUUUGAGUAAAUAGGUUUUAGCCAGAACAUUUUACCUACUUCAAACUUUUACCCGGAUAUAGUAGUGAAUUGCAGAGGAAAGGAAGUUGGGUGAAGUUUGAAGUGAGAUCAGCAAAAGAUACAACAGGGAUGAAUUAAUGACAAAAGGUAGAGAAAGAGAAACAAUUCUGUAUGAAGGCAGAUUAUAAUCUUCAUUUUUUGGUAACAGUAAGGUUAGAACAUAUAAUGGAGAAGACACUUGAGAUAUAAAUAGAAAACUCUGGAAAGACUUCAGAUGAGAUGGGCUUUUAAUCCCUGUAAGGGUCUCUCCACUUGUGACUACAAUUGUGCUAUGUUCUUAAAACAAAACAAAUAUUUUGCAUGCUGGUGUGCAAAGCCCAGAAUAAAUAUAACAAUUGUGCAUGAUCAAAGUUUUAAAAGUCUACAAAUUAGGUGACAUUUGUUUCUUUCAGGUACAUACACAGGUGAAUCAAAUCUUUCUUGCUUCUCACUCUACAAAAUAUGUGUGCUUUAUGAAGAAAUUGAUGAAUGUAAGAGUCUUGACCUUGGCUAUUUCUUGAAAUUUUGUAGAAUCAAUUAUAACAAUGUCCAAAAAUGCUUGUGAUGAGAAUAUAUUUGAAUAGAAAUUCAAGAAUUUUUAAUGUGAGUGAUGUUAAGUGACUGGUAAUAAAUAAUUCUAUUUAAGGUUUGGUAUGUUUUAGACUUUGAAGAAGCAGCAAUCCCUUCUAAUAAAAUUAAAGCAGCAAGCUCAGGGACAACCUAACUAGGUAGGCAAACAAGCUCAGGCAUUCUUACUGAGUGUUGUCAGGGGACAAUAGAUUAACGAGCUGCCUCAGGCAAGUAUAAUUCAUGGAAUGACACAAAAAGAGGGGCACAUGUUUAUCACAUGCUCUGACCAGGGUAUAUAAACCUCCUACACAUGCUGGCAUUCACACUCAGGAUCUUGCCUGAACAACAAACCAACUCACCACUCCUGACACCAUGAGUCACUACGGCAGCUACUACAGAGGCCUGGGCUACGGCUGUGGAGGCUUCGGUGGCCUGGGCUACGGCUAUGGCUGUGGUUGUGGCAGCUUCCGCAGACGAGGUUCUGGCUGUGGCUAUGGAGGCUACGGAUAUGGCUCUGGCUUUGGAGGCUACGGAUAUGGCUCUGGCUUUGGAGGCUACGGAUAUGGUUCUGGCUUUGGAGGCUACAGAUAUGGCUGCUGCCACCCAUCGUGCUAUGGAGGAUACGGAUUCUCUGGCUUUUAUUAAAUGAAUUGCUGAAAUUGGAAGCAGAGGAGAAACCUCCAAAUGUGUUUGGUCCUGUCCUGUGCUUUCAUUCCAAAAAUCCAUUCUAUUGCCUUCAGCAUCAAUGGAUAGAUAUUUAGCGAUGUUAAAUCUUUAAAAUAGAUUUAAGCUGCUUCUGUGAAUAUUUGUUGUCUUUUUACUUUCGGAAUCCAUCACCUGAAAUCAUAUUAAUGUAUAACUACUCUAGUUUGUUCUUCUAAAUCUGCUUUAUUUUUCUGACCACCAUUACCAUGAUGUUGUCUUUCUAUCAAGAUCCUAGCAAAAACUUGUAUUUUGCUUUUAUCUAAUAAAUGAAGUAAAGUAUAAA